UUAUUUAUUUUGUGGCGCGCGCCCCCACGCCUCCCGUAUUUCCCUUCCCAGAUCCGCGCGUCUUCUCUUCCGUACGUUCGUCUUCCUCUCCGGCGUCGUCUCCUUCCUCCAGAUUCGGCUGGUUGUUCAGUGUCGCUAGUCGUCGAAAUCUCGCGCGAUAAUGGCAGAGGAGGGGCACAAGGUGUCGCUGAACGUGUACGACCUCAGCAACGGCCUCGCGCGCCAGCUCUCCACCUCCUUCCUCGGCAAGCCCAUCGAGGCCAUCUGGCACACGGGCGUGGUGGUCUACGGCAAGGAGUACUUCUUCGGGGGCGGGAUCCAAUCAACCGCCGCCGGCGCCACGCAGUACGGCCGGCCCGUGCGCGUCGUCGACCUCGGCGUCACGCACCUGCCGCGCGAGGUGUUCGAGGACUACCUCCGCGACAUCGCGCCGCGCUACACCGCCGAGACCUACCGCCUCAUGACGCACAACUGCAACAACUUCACCAACGAGGCCGCGCAGUUCCUCGUCGGGGCCGGCAUCCCGGAGUACAUCCUCAGCCUCCCCAACGAGGUCAUGUCCAGCCCCAUGGGGCCGCUCAUCAUGCCCAUGAUCCAGAACCUCGAGGCCUCGCUCCGGACCAACACACCGCCGCAGACCCAGCAGUUCGUCCCCACGCCCGACUCCGUCUCCGUGCCGCCGCCCCCUGCCGUGCCGGCGGAUACCAAAGCUCCUGCCAGUACUACUACAGCUGCUGCUGCUGCAACUAGUGAUGUUGCCGUAGACUCUUCUUCUUCCAAGCAAGAAGAAGCCAAGAAGGAGACUCGGGAGAAAGCCGCCGCUGCUGCCGUUGACCCGCUCGGGAACAUGAGGGGGAAGGUGCAGGAGGAGGUGAUGAAGGAGUUCGCCGCGAUCAUGGCCAGCGGGACGUUCCGCGCGAGCGAGGCGGCCGCGCUCGCCAUGCGCCGGGUCAUGGAGCGCCACGGCGACGCCACCAGCAUGCAGCAGGCCUAAUAGUCGCAUCAAACCAAACACUCCUAUUUUACUGGUUCCAGCUUCGAUGAUUCGAUUAGAAACUGAUAAUUGUUGGGGACCAACUGCUUGCUUCGCUGUGUUGCAGCACGUUGAAUCGGACCUAAUUUUAUUUAUCCUAUUGUUUUGAUGAUAACUGUACGUGACAGAAUGAACUGAUGAUUCCUAUGGGAUACUGCGUUGAAAUU